CUACGCCAAAGCUUUUCCACCUCACGGAUUCGGAUAUGGCAAGCCAAAAAGCCGCGCCACCCAUUUCUCCACCUCACAGAAAUCAUUGACUCUGGAAAAUAUUCAUAGGUUAGCAGAGGAUAAAACUUGAAGCUAUACUUUUAUCUUCCUCUCCCUCUGUGGAAAUCAUCGACUCUGGAAGAGAUUUUGCGUCGCCAUUUCAAGCAGACCCAGAAAUUGUUCCUGCUAUGGAAAAGCUGCAAAUCCCAUUUUCCAAACCCUAUUCCAGAUUCGGAACCAACCCGGAUCCCCAAUUCGACCGACCCAUCAGAAUCGGUGGUCUGAUCCAGAAACCGGCGGGUAGAGUAAUCAGGCCGAGAAUUAGAAUCCAGGGGCGGCGGCCUAUCCAGCGCGAGGUUUCCGGCGGGAACCCAGGGGAAGUACUAUCGGCGGCGAUUGAGGAGGAGGAAGAAGAAGAAGAAGACGAGCUGUGUCCGGUGGAAUGCGUGAGGGAAUUCAAGACGGACGAGGAACUGCUGAAGGUGAUCGAGAAAUCAAAGGCGACUGGGGCGCUUGUGGUGGUGGAUUUCUACAGGACUUCGUGUGGGAGCUGCAAGUACAUCGAACAGGGGUUUUCCAAGCUCUGCAAGGGUUCCGGCGAAGAGGGCUCUCCCGUCAUCUUCCUCAAACACAAUGUGAUUGAUGAAUACGAUGAAGAAUCCGAGGUUGCGGACAGACUUAGGAUCAGGGUAAGGAGAUCUUUUCUUCUGUUUGAUUCUGGUUGUCUAGAGAGGGGCUUUGGAAUUGGUUACACAUAA